ACUUUCAUCUUUUUUUUUCAGAUAAGAGAGUGAGACUGAAAACCCAAGUUUAUUGGUCAUGAGGAGGAUGUUCUAUUUUCGAACCUCCUGAAGAAUACUUUAUCAGGUUAGAAUUUGUCAACAUUCAUAGGCAUACUACAGACUUGUUCUUAUACUUGGUAUUUAGCUUUCAUUAAAUCAACUCUUGAAAAUACUGUACAUCAUUGUAGGCAUCUGUAAGCUAAGAAUCAAUUCUCAUUCUUAUUGACAUGGCUAGUAAGCGUGCAAGACAAACUAUUACAUUAGACCUGAAAUUAAAAAUUAUUGAAGCACGAAGAAGCAAUGAAUCGAAUAGGGCAAUUGCACACAGGUUUGGUUUGGCAAAGUCUACAGUUUCCACGAUUUGGAAAAAUCGUAAGAGCAUUGAGAAAGCUACAAAGUGCAGUUUUCCAGCAAAAGCUAGUAAGUCAUCUUACAUAACGGCUCCGCUGUUUGCGAAAGUGGACACUGCAGUUUUCCGGUGGUUUGCACAGCAACGAUCUAAAGGAACACCAAUAAAUGGGCCAUUACUUCAGAAGAAAGCAAGAAUAUUUGGAGAGCUGUUGUAUCCAGGAAAGACCUUUAGGGCAAGUGAUGGAUGGCUACACAAGUUUAAGUGUCGUCAUGGUAUCAGCUUGGAAACCUUGCAAGGUGAAUUGUCAGCCAACACGACUGCUGUCGAGCCAUUUACUGAUAGAUUGAAGCAUAUCAUCAAAGAAAACCAGCUUACAAAAGCUCAGAUAUUUAAUGCUGAUGAAACUGUUUUAUGGUGGCGAUUGUUGCCUAAUCAAUCUCUAGUUAGACAAGAGAAGACUGCUUCGGACCGUAUUACCAUUCUUGGGUGUACCAAUGCUGCCGGAACCUGUAAAAUCCCCCUUGUGUGUAUACACAAGGCUAAAGGACUUCAAGGUUAUCAAAAUGAGGACAUGAAAAAACUGCCCGUCACAUAUUUUAGCCAUCAUUCAGCAUUGAUGGAUCCCGCAAUAUUUAAAACCUGGUUCCAUGAACACUUCGUUCCUGUUGUGCGCAGUUUUUGCCAAGCAAACGUUGUACCCUUCAAAGUUGUGUUGUUGAUAGAUAAUGCGCCUUCACAUCCUUUAAAAGACCAGCUUAUUUGUUGUUGUGGAAGUGUAUGGGUAGAAUAUCUACCACUAACCACCACAAGUCAAAUCCAGCCAAUGAACCAAGGGGUACUAGAACCGCUCAAGCGAAGAUACAAAAAGUCACUUCUUCAUCACAUCUUAGCUCAUGAUGAUGCUGACUUGUCUAGAGUAAUCAAGAAUCUGAACAUCAAAGAUGCAGUUGGCUGGAUCUCCCAGUCUUGGAAGGAGGCUACACAAGAUAACAUUAGGAGUUCUUGGAGACAGAUCUUGCAGGAUAUUGAAAUUGAUGAACGACCUGGUAAGUCGAAUGAACCAAUUGAAGGUAAUGGAACUAUAGAAGUUGACAACAGUGGUGAUAUUUAUGAGAUCAAGGAUAUGUUUGCAGAGCUUGGUUAUGUUGAAAAUGAUGAAGCAUGGCUUUCUCCAGAAGAAUGGUUAAGAGAAGAUGAAUGUGAUCCAUGUCACCAGUUGUUAAGUGAAGAAGACAUUGUGGAGUUAGCAUCAUUUUCAGCAGAAGAUGAAUCUGAUGAAACUGUUGCAGAAAAUGAGGUGGAGCCCAGUAUACCAGCAUCUAUUGCAUUUGCUGCAGCCGAUACACUGAUGAGCUGGCUGGAAGCACAGGGAAAUACUGAUCCGCUGCAUAUUCUUCAAGUCAGAAACUGGCGGGAUCAGGCAGCUAAAUUACAUGCUGACAACCUGAGACAAAAUAGGUUACAAAUAGUUUAGAAUAAACAUUUUAAGUACUUUUUAUAUUGUAUAAAUAAAAAAAAAUAAAAAAAACUUAGGUAGUUUUAAAAGAAGAUAGUUUUUAGUCCAUACCUAAAUUCAAUACCAGUCUUGCUGUUCGAGGUGGUGAAUAUUUGGUGGCCUAGCAAACUCGAUUAUUAAUGCACAGUAACUUUAAUAUGAUAUUCAACCAACUUAAGAUUAGUGUCACGCCUUUUGAGUUGACAACCAACCAUCAGGAUCUGACCAUGCAAACAACCAUAAUGUUAAUUAUUAAAAAAAAAUGCAUGCUUAAAUGAGUGUUAUGUUAGUCAUGUCUGUUACUACUCAAAGAUUAAGAAAACCUGCCAUUAGCUAGGUUUGGCGU